AUGUCGGAUAAUGAUGAUGAACCACUUUUAAAUAUACCAAUUGAAAAUUCAUUAAAUAAUCGUCGAUGUCCAACAUGUCAAGGAACUGGUUCAGUAACUCAAUCACCCGGUCUUGUUGCCUUAAUUCCAUUUGAUGAUGUACGACUUAAACGACGACAUACAUUUUUAUGGAUUAUACUAACAAUUAUAUUUUGUACAUUUAUUGCUUCAGUUGUUAUUGCCGUCCUUCUUCCACGUUCUGUACAUUUAUCAAUACAAAAUCCUAUUGUGAUUGAUGCUACUAAUGAUACAUAUAGAAAUUUAACAUGUUUUUAUUUGAAAUUUUAUCAUUAUACAUCUAUUAAAUCAGAUAAUUGGGUACCUAUACGUUUAAUUAAUUUAACAACAUCUGUUGAACAUCAACUUCUACCAAUUGGAUCUGAUGCUGAAAUAUUUUCUCGACAUAAAAUGUUUUUACGACCAUUAGGUACAAUUCAAUCAAAUAUAACUGUUAAACUUAAUUUUGAUGCAGAUACAAUGGCUUAUCGUGCAUGUUAUGGUAUAUUUCGACAAAUGCUUAUGUUUAAAUUACAAACAACAUUAAUUUAUGCUGAUUUUCUUCUUGGUCGAAUUCAAAUAACAAAUAAUAUAUCUUAUCAAUAUGUAUUGUGUAAUAGAGGAGAAUGGAAAAUAUUAUAA